GUUUUGUUUUUUUUGUUUUUUUUUUCUAUGCGGCGUGAUGAAGAAAUCCAAUGCUACGGGAGAGUAACGAAAGCAUAGAAAUUAAGAGAAACUGAGGUGCCUUAUGGAGAAGAAGAAUUGGAGGGAUUAAAUUUCUAGGGUUCGCGACAUUCAUUUUGGAGUGGUGAGCGAGUCUCUAAAUUGGGCGAAUAGUUGAGAGUUUGGGGGGACCAAAACAAAUAUUCUGGAAAGUCUAAGAGUGAGAGAGAGAAUUUACGAGGCACGGGUAGCAAGUUGGGGAGGUUGUUCGAGUGGAGUGUCGAACGCAUGAGGCUGCGGAAAUUGGUGGAAAGAGUUGAGCAGUGAGGAAAAGCUAAUUUUCCAGAUAUGGGGAGCUAACUUGUAUGUAUUGUUGUUGACGGUUUGAAUGCCCAAUUCUUGACGGAAUACGACCUUGAUGGAUAACUUGUGAUCUGAAAUUGAGAACGCCUCAAGGAGCUUCGAAUCCAACUCCGACCGGUCUACUCAGUCAUUUCCUCGGAGUGUCUUUCAUUUUCAAUUAUGUUCCAUGAAUUACAUCAAAGCAUGUUCGAGGAAAAACGGAAUUUUGACAUUGCAAAAACGACACUUUCAGGUCGAUGCUUCCAUCAUCAAGACAGGCUUCGAUCCCAACACGUAUCGUUUCAACUUUCAAGUAAAGAAUCAUCUCCUACAUGGGGAUUUGGGUGCAGCACGCAAACUGUUUGACAAAAUGCCUCACAAGAACAUCAUCUCCACCAACACUAUGAUCAUGGGUUACUUAAACUCUGGCAAUCUUUCCACUGCUAGGAGCUUGUUUGAUGGCAUGGUUGAACGCUCGGUUGUUACCUGGACAAUGCUCAUUGGUGGCUACGCUCAGAACAAUAAGUUCCGCGAUGCUUUCGGUCUCUUCGCUGAUAUGUGUAGGCACGGCUUGGUUCCGGAUCAUGUCACCUUGACGACUCUCUUAUCUGGGUUCACUGAGUUUGAAAGUGUCAAUGAAGUCGCACAAGUGCAAACCCAUGUUGUCAAAUUGGGGUAUGAUUCCACCCUCACGGUUUGCAACUCGUUGCUUGAUUCUUACUGUAAGACGCGUAGCCUAGGUUUGGCUUGUCACCUCUUCAAGCAUAUGCCGGAGAGAGAUAAUGUAACUUUCAAUGUGUUGUUGACGGGGUACUCCAAAGAGGGCUUCAAUCAUGAUGCUAUCAACCUGUUUUUCAAGAUGCAGAAUUUGGGGUUCAAUCCCACUGAGUUUACUUUUGCUGCGGUUUUAACUGCAGGCAUACAAUUGGAUGAUAUAGAAUUUGGGCAACAAGUUCACAGUUUUGUGGUGAAGUGUAUGUUUGUGUGGAAUGUGUUUGUGGCUAAUGCUUUGCUUGAUUUCUACUCCAAGCAUGACCGUGUUGCUGAAGUGAGGAAGCUUUUUUAUGAAAUGCCAGAGGUGGAUGGUAUCUCUUACAAUGUGAUCAUCACUUAUUGUGCAUGGAAUGAAAGAGUGGAGGAAUCGCUUGAACUUUUCAGGGAAUUACAGUUUACAAGAUUUGACAGGCGGCAAUUCCCAUUUGCAACCUUUUUGAGCAUUGCCGCAAAUGCUUUGAACCUGGAAAUGGGUAGGCAAAUCCAUUCCCAGGCAAUUGUAACAGAUGCCAUUUCAGAAAUUCUGGUUGGGAAUUCUUUGGUUGACAUGUAUGCUAAAUGUGACAAAUUUGGGGAAGCAAAUAGGAUUUUUGUUGAUAUGGCUCAUCAAGGUUCAGUUCCAUGGACAGCCUUGAUCUCGGGUUAUGUUCAGAAGGGGCUCCAUGAAGACGGCCUAAAGCUAUUUGUUGAUAUGCAAAAAGCCAAAAUACGUGCUGACUCGGCCACUUACGCCAGUAUCUUAAGAGCUUGCGCAAAUCUAGCUUCACUAACACUGGGAAAACAGUUACACUUACAUAUAAUCAGGUCUGGAUGCAUUUCAAAUGUAUUUUCUGGGAGUGCACUGGUUGACAUGUAUGCAAAAUGUGGAUCCAUAAAAGAAGCACUUCAUAUGUUUCAAGAGAUGCCUACGAGGAACUGUGUUUCUUGGAAUGCACUGAUUUCAGCUUAUGCACAAAACGGAGACGGUGGCCAUGCUAUUAGAUCAUUUGAACAAAUGGUUCAUUCAGGUCUGCAACCAAAUUUGUCAGAGCGGCUGCAGCGGAAUGGUUAGCGUGGAAUAACAAACCAAGAGGGGGGGGGGGGGGGGGUGAA